UCUCAAUUGCUCUCUCUCUCUCUCUGUUUCACUCAACGGUAGUUUGAGUCAUGAAUUCGCCCGAUUGUGCAAAACUUGAAUUUGCUCCAUUUGAGUGUGGGGGCGGCGAAGAAGCGAAAUAGUAAUUUCGUAAACAUGAUUCUCAGCUGCUUCUUCAGCGAAAUUGUUAAGAGAAUUUGCGCAAUUGUUAAAUGUGUGUGAAAAUUUAAAUGGAUUGUAAACAAAAUAAAACUAACAAAUAGCCAUAGUGAAAUGCCCCCAAAUGUGUGUGUUGUGGAAAGGGGAAAAACGAUGUGAAUUGGCAUUAAUGCGAAAGGCGGCAACGACGAAAUGCGAAACAAAAAAUCUAUAAAUCAAAACUAGAGCAGCAGCAGCAGCAGAACAAGGGCAGGGAAAGGGCUCCCGGGGGUUGAUUGUGCUGGUGGUGGAGGAGGAGGAGGGAAAGGAGCACAAGGCAUCUCCAUUUCCAUCUCCAAGAUGGAAACACCAUCGUCAGUUGCCUUAACAUCCAUUGUGACCACCGGAUGUCUAAUGGAUAGAAAUUCCACAGAGAUGAAUCAAAUCACAUCUAGGCCAGAUGAGGGUGAGGAAGAGGAAGAAGAUGACGAUGACGAGGCGGAGGAGGAAGAUGAUACUAAAGAUGCUUACUAUGAGGCACGAAAUGGCAAUGAGAGCGAUGAACAUGAACAUGAUUAUGAUCAGGCAUUUCAAAGUGCUCUAACCUUAUCCAAUUCCAAUGAUAUACGUGUUAGCGUAAGUGAUGCUGAUGCUGAUGCGGAUGCGGAUGCUGAUGCCUAUGUGGAUGCGGAUUUGGAUGGAAAUGCCGCAGUAGCAGCAGCAGUAGCAGAAACAGAAGUUAAUCAAGUAACUGAAGAGCUGGGCGCCUGUGCCUUGGUGGAUAAUUCCGAUAUUGAACGGAUAGCGGAUACCAAACGUGAUAAUUCAGCUUCAAAAGACUUGACAAACAACGAACAAAUUACAUCUUCAUUGCCAGCUCCGCCUGGUUCGGAACCCGAAACCCGCUUACCCCAUCAUCAGACCCUACUUUCAACCAAAUCGUGUGAGACUCCAGGAACAACAGCAACAACAACUCUCUCGCCAACAAACUCGUAUAAUGGAAGCAUUGGCAGUGACCGAAGCAAUGGCAGCAGCAGCGUGGGAGGAGGAGCACGUCGAAAAUCCUGGACACUAUCGCCACAAAGUGGUGGCUCGACUCCACUGAGUGGGGCCAAGAAGAAAAUAAAGGCGGGAAGCAUUACGAAUUCGAAUGGCGAUGGCUUCAAUUUAUGGGUGGCACGUGAAUGCUUUGAGACGGUGCCUGCUGAAAUGGUGGACACUCUCAGUGUGGCCGAAGUGCAAGAGGAGGAGGAAGAGGAGGAUGAUGAUGAGCAGCGAGGAAUGUGUCAGGAUUUGCAAUUGGAAAUGGAUGAUGAGCAUGACGCGGAGACGGCUGCCGUGGAGAGUUUGCUGGGGGCAGCAGCUGCAAUUCAGGCCAGUGCCAAUGUUCAAAGGCAGCGGCAGAAGCAUCCAUCUUCCAGUCAGCAUCCAUUUCCACCACAACCAUCAUCGCAUCAUCAUCAUCAUCAGCAGCAUCAUCCUCAUCAGCAUCAUCAUUUGCAUCAACCGUCGCUACCUCAGCAUCGUCCAUUGGAACGCUCAUGGCCGCCACGGGCCGUGGGCAGGGAAUUGAAACUACAGGGCGAUGUCUUCAAAUUCGAUAUACUUGACACGGAUGAGCGUCUGGCUCAGGAGGCAAAUGAGGCGAGCGGUGGCAGUAAUAGCAAUUCCAUAUCCAGCUCCCCAUUGACCACUCCACCGGUGCGUUUUAAGCCCCUGAUCAAGAAGAAAAUCGGACCUGAUAGCUAUAUAAAUACAAUAAGCACACAAAAGGUUCCAGCCCAUCAAAGUUAUGAGUUUCCCACAUUUCCAUUGGCAGCAGGAUCAGGAGUAGGUGGCGGAGGUGCAGGAUGCAGUUCAUCUGCGGCUUCAUCAUCCAACGCCAUUUCGACUAAUCAUCAGUUUCCUUAUCUACGCCAGCAUCGUCCACUGACCCGGGCCCUGUCCAAUGGCAAGAAGACGCCACCUGCAGCUGCAGCAGUUGUCUCCACGGCCAAUGAGGAGCUGCCACGUCUCUUGCUCUCGCCCAAACGCCAACGAAGUCCACCCUCGGGCUGUUCCACACGCAGCACCUCGCCCCUAGACCUGAGUCUAAGUCCCGAACAGCAUUCCCCAACCCGAGGACGAGGCGUUGGUGUGGCUGGGGCAGCGAUGGCCGGGGCAGUCGCAGGAGCUGAUGGCUUGCACCUGUCCACACCGAUGCCGACACCACCGCCGCCACCACCUGGCACGCCCACAUUCUUAGCUCAAAGACCGCAACAGAGAUUACUGAAGCGAGUGGGCGGAGGAGCAGGUGCUGGAGCUGCCGCAAUCGGAGGAGCGGGUGCAUCAUUAAUCUGCCCGCCAACACCCACACACCAUGCCCGUCGUCAUGCACGUCUUCAGGCGGUGACCGCCAAUUCCAAUCAAGCCGAGGCCGCAUCAUCUAGUCAAUUGGAUUACAUUUAUCUCCAUUCAACGCCCACAGGUUUGCCAGCUGCAGCGGGUGGCAACUCUAGCGAGGAUGUGGUACACAUUAGCAGCACGCGAUUGCCCUCCAUUCCGGAACGUAGUGCCGCUGCGGCAGCGGCUGCUGCUGCUGCAGUCGGCGCCGGUUUGAUGGAGGGCGGCAGCGGAGGAGUUAGCUUGGGUGGCACCACAGCUGAUGCGGCACCACUGCCACCGGCCUGGGAGGCACGAAUGGAUAGCCAUGGCCGCAUCUUUUACAUUGAUCACACCACUCGCACCACCUCCUGGCAGCGGCCGGGCGCAGUGCCCAGCUCGGGUCCCGCUGGGCGAGAACAACACCACCGCCAGCAGUUGGAUAGACGCUAUCAGAGCAUUCGACGUACCAUAACCAAUGAGAAUCGUCAGUCGCAGCUUUAUAGUUUGCCGCCCUCCCGCCAAACGGAUUCCCCGGUGCCAGGAAAUGCUCCGCCCACAGUUGCUGGUGCUGGUGCUGGUGCUGCUGCAGCAGCAUCGUCAGCAGCUCCAUCGUCUACCAGUGGCUCAUCUACUGUUCCCCAUCCGGCGAUAUUGAUGCUCUGCCGGUCCGAUUUCUAUUCCCUGCUCCAUACCAAUGAGGCGGCUUUAUCCAUUUACAAUCGGAAUGCUGCCCUGAAGCACAUGGUUAUGCGGAUACGUCGCGAUCCGCAAUGCUUUCAACGCUAUCAAUAUAACAAGGAUCUGGUCGCUCUAGUCAAUACGUUUGCCCAACUUGGACGCGACUUGCCGUCCUGCUGGGAAACCAAAAUGGAUCAGUCGGGUAAACAGUUUUUCAUUGACCACCAGCAUCGAAAGACCUCAUUUAUGGAUCCCCGCCUGCCCGUUGAGUGUCCUCGUGUUGUGCGUCAUCGUCAGCAACAGUAUUUCCCUCCGGAUCUCGUUGAUGGCAAUUGUUUGAGUGCCACCAGUGGUCAUAUUAAUUCCACCCAACCCUCGUCAUCAUCCGCUUCUGCAUCCGGAUCCAUUGCAUCGUCAUCCGCAUUGGGCUCAGUAUCGGGUGUGCCGCCGCUUCCUCCGCCAAGACCCUCCAGCAGUCGCAAUAGUAGUGGACAUGCCCAUAAUUGCACUACAGCGGCAGCCAUUGCUUGUGCCUUGAGUUUAAGUGGCGCGGGAGCGGCUGGAGCAGCAUCGGGAGCCGGCGUCACGGCCUCGGCAUAUGAAGAUGUUCCAGUGGCCUACAAUGAGAAGGUUAUUGCAUUUUUGCGACAACCAAAUAUUUUGGAGAUAUUACGCGAGCGUCAGGGUCAGCAUACGGUGUCCCGUUCGUUGAGAGAAAAAAUCAAUGUAUUAAGAGUAGAAGGAGUACCAGCUUUAGAGCGUCUGGGUCAUGACCUACAAUUGACCAUAUUGCUCAGCCUGUUCGAGCAGGAGAUUAUGAGCUAUGUUCCUAUUGAAGAGCGCAGUCCGCAGGGAUCACCGGUGCUUAGCUCCAGAAUGCCACAGCGGGCACCGCCGCCAUUCCGACGUGAUUUUGAGGCCAAGCUGCGUAGUUUCUAUCGCAAAUUGGAGUCCAAGGGCUAUGGCCAAGGGCCGCAUAAGCUAAAAUUGCAUAUACGACGCAGUCAUUUGCUGGAGGAUGCCUUUCGGCGCAUCAUGUCGGCCAAUAAGAAGGAUCUGCAACGUGGCCGCCUGGCAGUGCUGUGGGAUACGGAGGAGGGCCUAGAUUAUGGUGGACCAUCGCGUGAAUUCUUUUUCCUGCUUUCCCGCGAGCUAUUCAAUCCGUACUAUGGACUUUUUGAGUAUUCUGCCAACGAUACGUACACGGUGCAAGUGUCGCCAUUGUCCGCCUUUGUCGAUAACUGCCACGACUGGUUCCGCUUUAGUGGACGUGUCCUGGGCCUGGCCUUGGUCCAUCAAUAUCUACUCGAUGCCUUCUUUACCCGUCCCUUUUACAAGGCUUUGUUGCGUUUGCCGGUGGCUCUCAGUGAUCUCGAAUCGCUGGACAAUGAGUUUCAUCAAUCGCUGCAAUGGAUUCGUGACAAUGAUAUUGGAACUGGCAUCGAUUUGGGUCUAACCUUUUGUGUUACGGAAGAGCUGUUGGGUCGAGUCGUGGAGCGUGAACUAAAACCUGGUGGCAAGAACAUGAUUGUCAAUGAGAAGAAUAAAAAGGAGUAUCUAGAGCGUAUGAUCAAAUGGCGUCUGGAGCGUGGUGUGCAAGAGCAAACCGAAUCUCUGGUACGUGGCUUCUACGAGGUGGUUGACUCUCGUCUGGUCUCAGUCUUCGAUGCCCGGGAACUGGAGCUAGUGAUUGCGGGUACAGCGGAAAUUGAUACGAAUGACUGGCGUCUCAAUACCGAAUAUCGUUCCGGUUAUCAUGAUAAUCAUCAGGUGAUUGUCUGGUUCUGGCAGGUCAUCGAACGCUUUAGCAAUGAGCAACGUUUGCGUUUGCUGCAAUUUGUCACAGGAACUUCGAGCAUACCAUAUGAGGGAUUCUCGGCAUUGCGUGGCUCCACGGGACCACGACGUUUCUGCAUUGAGAAGUGGGGCAAACCGAAUGCCCUGCCACGGGCCCAUACCUGUUUCAAUCGUCUCGAUUUGCCACCUUAUCCUACACCCGAAUUGCUGUACGAGAAGCUGCUCUUGGCCGUUGAGGAGACCAACACGUUUGGCAUUGAAUAGAUGACAGAGAAUAUAUAGAAUAGAUGAUACGGAUUCGUGAUAUUUUCCUCGCCCCUUCCCCAGUCCAUAGAUUUUGUUUGUUGCGCUUUAUACUAUGAUGCCCCCUUAUAUACUUAUGUAUAAUAUUCAAUAUAUAUUUAUGUAUAACGAUUUUGUGAACCCUUGUAAAACUGGCUGUAUUAACUAACUGUUACUCGCAUUAGCCUUGUCCGUGUGUGAAAUCACAUUUAUUAUUAUCUUCAUCCUUAAAAUGUUAAUCUCUCUUUUAGACGAUAGCAGAAUUUUGCAAGGGUAUUUAAAGCUUCGGCAUAGUCGAUGUUACUGACCGAUCUUUUGGUUACUUACUUGCGUAUUUCAAGUUCUAGCUAAGUAUUUAUCUAGGCAAUAAGUUUGCAGCAAAUAAAUUUGCACCAAGUUAAA